CUACUGAAAACUCAUCGCUCAGAACCAGAAUACAGUUCGUAGAACGUGGAGCUUUCUCAAGUGGAGUUUGCUACAUCUUUUGCAUAUUACCGGCAGCCUAAGUAGCUACAGUUGUACGGGCUACGUACGAGUACUAUUCAAAGUGAACAUUUAGUAAUCAGUGGCUUUUGACUGAAACAAAUAGCGCGAAGUGUUCCGCUUCACAGAAACCGCGGUGUUCCAGGUUGUGAAUUGUGAAAAUAUUCAUAUAAAACUCUAAGAUGAGUUUAACCGCUGAAGACAUUUCGAUAGUCCAGAGGCAAUGGGAGGUACCCAAGAAAGAUCUUGCGGGAUCAGGUGCAAUCGUUCUUGGUGCAUACCUGGCUAAAUAUCCUGAGCACCAGAAAGUGUUCGACAAGUUCAGGAGCAUUCCCUUGGAAGAAUUGAAGACCACCGACAAGUUCAAAAAUCAUGCAACAAAAAUCAUGCAGGCUCUAGAUAAAUCUAUCGGUGCAUUAGGACAAGGCAAUAUGGCAGCCGUAGAAGAAGAAGUUUGGGGUGGUUUGGGAGAUAUUCACUUCCGCAAGAAGAUCCCAAGGCCCUAUUUCAAUGACUUGAAAGGAGUCAUUUUCGAAAUCUUAGGCCCCCUUUGUAAUAUGAAUGACCGCGACGUUGAAGCAUGGAAUAAAGUUUUCGAGAUUGUUUAUGGUAUUAUGUUUAAGAAAAUGGAUGAAUUGGAGGGAAAGUGAUCAAAUUCAAAGAGUGAUUGCAAACAAAUUUUGAGAAGCACUUUGUACUACGUGAAAAGAAAUCCAAAGUCAGUUAGUGUAUUAUCUACAUUGUUGUGAGUCCCUUCGCACAGUUUAUUGAAAAUGAAUACUUUUAUAAAUAAAUUAGAUGAAGAAUAA